ACGUGCUACCCGCCUCUUCUACACUUUUUUUUCAAGCCAGUCUUCAACUCCAAGCCUUCGCAUCUACAUCUUUCGCCUGUUCCUUUGUUCAUCACCGCUGUGCGGCUCUACUUUCACUACUCGAUCAAUUUCUUGUACAUCAAUUUUUAUUACCAUAUUAUACCCACCAACCAAACACCCUCAACACCAACCAAACCUCAAAAUGCAGUUCUCCAUCACCGCCCUUCUCUUCGGCUUUGCCGCCGUCUCCUCCGCCGCCGUCACCGACGUCGAGGGUGUCUACGGCGUUUCCCGCAGCGUGCUCGAGACCCGCCAGGCCGCAAACGGAGCCUGCUGCAUCCCCAACCAGUCCUUGAAGCAGGAUGCUUGCACGGUCAACGGCGCCGCUGGAAAAUGCGUGCCCGGAGGCCCCGCUGCCUGCAACGGCGCCUUGAAUUGCGUCGCCAACAACCAGUUGACUUGCGACAACAGCGUCACGGAGCGCUCGGGCGUCCUCUGCCGCUUCCAGCUUCCCAACGGCAAGAUCCAGGACGGCGCUCAGCAGAUCAACAGCUUGUCCCAGGCCAAGGUCAACUAAGGAGUUCGAAUCCGGGGGAAACCUCGAUUACGAUUCCCGAUCCUGCCUAUCUG